AUGCGUCUUGCUAGGUCGCAAAUGUUGUUGCCAUGUGAUGCAGCAACAAUGUUGCCAGCAAAUCCCCGGGCAAUCCCGCCAAUCCGUGCUAUCAUCUACUCUCCUGCAAAACAACAACAACAACAACAACAACAACAAGUUCAGAGUAUCAUCCAAGCUCAGCAACAACAACCCCAACAAUUGGGCCAAUGUGUCUUCCAACCCCAACAACAAUCGCAGCAGCAACUCGGGCAACAACCUCAACAACAACAAUUGGCACAGGGUACCUUUUUGCAGCCACACCAGAUAGCUCAGUUUGAGGUGAUGACUUCCAUUGCACUCCGUACCUUGCCAACGAUGUGCAAUGUCAACGUGCCGUUGUACGGAACCACCACUAGUGCGCCAUUCGGCGUUGGCACUGGAGUUGGUGCCUACUGA